GGGCCUCUGCGCCGUCGGCCCGCGCCCUCCAGUCCAACUUCCGCGCGGCGCCGAGGGCAGGAAGGCCGCUCCCUCCCCGGAAAGCGCCGGACAGCCCCUCCCCCGCCCGAGUCCGGCCGGACCGGGGUCCCCGCACGGGCCCCGGACGCCUGCGCCCCGCCCCCACCGGUGCCCCGCGACCGCACGCCCGGGCCCCGCCCCGGCCCCGCCCCCGGCCCGCCCCGCUAUUCUGGCCGGUGGGCCAUGCAGGGGAGGCUGCCGGCGGGUAGGGGCGGCGCGGGGUCGCAGGGAGCCGGGCUCGUCCGCACCACGUGCAGCAGCGGUGGCGGGGCCGGGGCCGGCGCCGGGCAGCCCGGCGCGAGGCCCUCGGAGGGGCCGCUGGACCCCGUCUACCCCCGCACUUAUGGGGCCCUGCUGAAAGUGGCGCAGAUGGUCACUCUGCUGAUUGCCUUCAUCUGCGUGAGGAGUUCUGUGUGGACCAGGUACAGUGCCUACAGCUACUUUGAAGUGGUCACCAUCUGCAACUUGAUAAUGAUCCUCGUCUUUUACCUGGUGCAUCUCUUCCGUCUCUACCGCGUGCUCACCUGCAUCAGCUGGCCCCUGUCGGAACUUCUGCACUAUUUAAUCGGUACCCUGCUCCUCCUAAUCGCCUCCAUUGUGGCAGCCUCCAAGAGUUACAGCCAGAGCGGACUGGUAGCUGGAGCGGUGAGGACGGUCUCGGGGGACACUUCACGCACGAGUUCACCUCUAAUCUUCGGUUUCGUGGCCACCUUCCUCUGCCUGGCGAGCAUAUGGCUGUCCUACAAGAUCUCGUGUGUGACCCAGUCAACAGAUGCCGCUGUCUGAGGACACCCUGCGCCCCGGCCCGAGGCAGGCCCUGAGACGGGAGCGUCGGGGGGCCGGCGCCCAGGACGGGCUUCUGAACCUCUGCUCCUGUGCCAAAGCCCUGCCCACACUGCUGGGCACAAGAGGGGCCCUUGGCGUCCUCCUGGGCUCCUGAGCCGCUCUCAGCCUUUCUGGUCUUCCUUGGAGAAUAGUCCUCGCCGCCUGGGAACAAAAGCAGCCUCCAGGGAAAUCUGGUCUCUUCCUCCUGCUCUUAGAACCAACUGUCUCAGGGACUGAUGACCCCACUUACCUACCACAGCGGAGGGUUUCUGAAUCCUCCUGCCUAAAUCUGCUUCUACUCCACAUUCCUCAGGGGGAUGAAGCUGCCUUAAGUCCUCUUAUAGAAACAAAGCUCUCUCUGGGGCACCAGGGUGGCUCAGUCGGUUAAGUUUCCCACUUCGGCCCAGGUCAUGA